AAUGUUCAUUCACUUUAUUCAAAGUACAAUUCUUGAAUCAAUUUCCAAGAGAAUUAAACACAAUACCCAUCAUCAUAAUAAUCAAUCAUCAAAAUGGAAACAGGAGAGCUUAUUAUGGAAUUGCGAUCCGGACCCCCACUGGCGUUAAAAUCAACAGCUUUUCAAGAAUCCAAGAUUAGCCAUGCCCUUCUUCUUCUUCUUCCUCUCUCUCUCUCUCACAGACACGCACACACCCACACGAGACACACGCAUUGUGGAUCUGCCGCUGUUAAACAAUGGUCUCUCAAUUUAGCUCUUCUUUAACUAUGUUUAUAACGCAAUGACUCAGACAUACGCAUACAAAAACACCUACAUAGAGGUAGAACAAUGGUGGGGUUUAUAAACAUGAGAGCAUUCGAUUGGAAGGCGGGCCAACUUAUAAUGAUAGCCCUUUUAGUCAUGGUCGCUUCUUUCUACACCGGCACCCUCUUCGGCGAAAAUUCUUCUUCCGUCUACGUACCACUCUCUCAGCAGGGCGUACAACAGAACGAACCCCCUGCCUCCAAUGGUUCAGCACUAGCCUCUGGUGUAUUUCCGAAUAAAGUUAGUCUUACUUACAGGACUGUGCCACUUAGGAUCCCAGAAACGGGGAUGAACAUAUGCCCUCCGAAGUAUAACGAAUAUAUUCCUUGCCAUGACCCUUCUUACAUCAAAGAGUUACUACCACAAUUAGAUCUUUCCAGGAAAGAGGAGCUGGAGAGGCACUGUCCUCCGCCUAGUCAACGGUUGUUUUGCCUGGUGCCGCCACCAGCUGACUAUAAGAUACCGAUUAGGUGGCCUACUAGUAGGGACUAUGUUUGGCGAAGCAAUGUGAAUCAUACCCGUCUGGCAGCGGUUAAAGGAGGGCAAAAUUGGGUGCACAAGAAGGAUCAACUAUGGUGGUUUCCAGGUGGAGGUACUCAUUUCAAGAAUGGAGCUCCUGAGUACAUCCAGAGGUUAGGAAAUUUGACAACUAAUGAGACUGGGGACCUUCUCUCUGCGGGGGUAUUUCAAGUUUUAGAUGUUGGUUCUGGAGUUGCUAGCUUCUCAGCUUAUCUUCUUCCCUUACAUAUAGAAACAAUGUCUUUUGCUCCUAAAGAUGGCCAUGAAAAUCAAAUUCAAUUUGCUUUAGAACGAGGAAUUGGUGCCAUGAUUUCUGCUUUAUCCACUAAACAGCUACCAUAUCCCAGCAAUUCGUUUGAGAUGGUCCAUUGCUCCAGAUGUCGUGUUGAUUGGCAUGAGAAUGAUGGCAUUCUUAUCAGAGAAGCCAAUCGCCUACUGAGAUCAAAUGGAUAUUUCGUAUACUCAGCUCCUCCUGCUUACAGAAAAGAUAAAGUGUUCCCUUUGAUCUGGGAUAAGUUGAUGAAUCUGACUUCUGCAAUGUGCUGGAAACUCAUAGCCCGGCAAGUGCAGACAGCAAUCUGGAUUAAGCCAGAGAACAACUCAUGCCUCCAGCAGAAUGCACUGCAGAAGCUUAUCAGUAUAUGUGACUCAAAAGACGAUACUACGCCAUCAUGGAAAACACCAUUGAGAAACUGUAUAGCAGAACGUGCUACACAGAAACUCCCUCCAAAACCACAGCGUCUCUCUGAGUAUUCUGCUACCCUCAAUAAUCUAGGCAUCAGUCGAGAAAAUUUCUUGUUAGACACAAUUUACUGGCAGGACCAAGUUCGUCAUUACUGGAGACUGAUGGACGUUGAAGAGAAGGAAGUACGAAAUGUCAUGGACAUGAGUGCUUUCCUUGGGGGAUUUGCAGUUGCUUUGAGCACAUGGCCUGUUUGGGUUAUGAAUGUAGUUCCUGUAAGCAUGAAUAAUACAUUAUCUGCUAUUUACGAUCGCGGCUUGAUAGGUGCUUUUCAUGAUUGGUGUGAACCAUUCUCGACAUACCCCCGCUCCUAUGAUCUGUUGCAUUCGAAUCGUCUUUUCUCUCAUUACAAAAAUCGUGAAGCUGGUUGCUUACUUGAGGAUAUCAUGCUGGAGAUGGAUCGCAUAUUACGGCCUCGGGGAUACAUUAUCAUCAGGGGCGAAGAUAAAAGCGUCAUCACAAGAGUUAGAGAUCUCGCUCCAAAGUUUCUCUGGGAUACAAAGUUGCAUUUUCUCGAAAACGCCCAGAAGAAAACCGAACAAGUCUUGUUCUGCAGAAAGAAGUUCUGGGCUAUUCUUUGAAACGUGAGAAAGUGAACGGAUUAGCUCAUGCAGCAGACGGAAUUUUGAGCGUCCAUCGAAAACGUUUGUUCAGCAUUACAGAGAAGAUGAAUAUUUGUAUUACAUUUAAAUGUUUAAAUACAGAUUUCUGUCUCCAAAUAGCUUGAUGUUUGAAUACCAUAGUUUUGUUUGUAACAGGAGGUGUAUAAUUUUCCGUAGAAUUGAAAUGGAUAGGUAAAAGGAAUUGAUGGAGUUGUGUAGCAAGAAUGGUUGAUGUAGAGUUAUUUUUUGAUAGUUGAUUAUUUUGGAUUGUUGAUUAA